UGUCUGUGGCAUUGAUGGUUUGUAUUAUUGCUCUGACUGUAUGCGUCCCGGUGGAGAGAUGCCGAUUCCAUCACGUGUACUGCGAAGUUGGGAUUGGAAACCACGUCCAGUAUCAGAUCGUGGACGAGCCUUCGUUGAGGCAAAUCAGGUGAGAAUUGCCAAAAAUAGGAGUAUGGACAGCGAUACACCUGCUAUUCGUAUUGAUCAGCACAAUCCAACGCUUUAUGAUCACGUGCCCGUUCUGAAAACAAUGAAGAUGCUGCGUGAACAGCUUCAGAUCGCCUCGAUGUACCUCUUCAAUUGCCGUGAAUCCAUAGCUGACGAUUUUCGCAGAAGAGUAUGGCCACGAGAUCAUCUAUACAACGACAUUCACGCAUAUUCUAUUAGUGUAAGUCAUGCGCAUAAGCAAAUUUCAAAGACUGAUCUGUUUCUCCUGCAUAAUGGGCAACUGGAGAAGCAAGUGCGUGGAUUUCUCAAACAUGCUGUGGAUCAUGUCAUGCAUUGUUCACUGUGUAGACAAAAGGGAUUUAUAUGUGAAAUUUGCGAAGCUCCCGAAGUGAUCUAU